AUGCAGAAAAUGGUGGAGUGGUUUGAGAAGAUGCCAGAAUUCGGAUAUAGUCCAUAUGAUGUCCCCCACUCAGUCAAUGCUUAUGGUCACUUGGGCAAUGUGGAUAUGGCUCGUGCUCUAUAUCAUGAGCUCAAAGGAAAAUGGAAUCUUGAUCUUGCUACCUUUGUGACUAUGUUUGGAGUUUAUGGAGCUUCUGGACAUUUCAAUGGUGCACUCAAUGUAUUUGAGGAAAUGAAAGAACGUGAUGUGAAGCCAAAGUCGUUCACUCACAACAAGAUGUUGGAGGCCAUAGGUAGAUGUGGAAGGCCAUGGCAAGUGAAGAACAUUUAUAAGGAGAUGGUUGGUAAAAGGAUAGUACCAAAUAUGAUUACUUAUUAUUUGCUUCUCAAAGCUUAUUCCCAAUCUUGGUAUGUCGUGGAUGCCAAUGUGGUUUUAUAUAACAUACUUUUGUUUAUUUAUGCUGACGUUGGGUAUAUUGAUGAAGCUGUUGAGAUUUUUGAAGAGAUGAAAGAGUUGCAUGAUGAAGGGUUUGUUUGGCUGUUUCCAAAGUACAACUUCGAGCCGGAUGCUUACAGUAGUGAUAUUGUUAUGAAAGCGCUCUGUGUAUUUGAUCAAAUCAUAGAAUAUGGGUCUGAGACACAUAUUAUUACUUAUAAUGUCCUUUUGGAUGGAUAUUUGAAGGCUGGGCAGAUUGAUGUUGCUACUUAUGCAGAGAUGUCGCUCAAUUUCUAUACAUUCAACAUAUUUGUGUCAAAGUGUCGCAAGUCCCGCAAAGAUCAGAAAGGAUUGGUUCAGAACUUGUUUAGAUAUUCAUCAACGAAUAAGCUUGCGAACAUUUAUCGUGGACACAAAGUCUUCGACCCAGGAGGAUUGAUCAUAAUUUCUACAUCUAUCUUUCUCCCGAUGGAGAGCCUCGACGGAGUCAAACUCUUUUGA